AUGGCUCCUUCAGCAGUGCCGACCGCUGCGAAUGAAGAACCUGUGAAUGAAAGCUUUGAUGGGCAUGGCAAUGGACAUACGAAUGGAACCAAUGGUCAAACCAAAGACAGCGCAUCUGACUUCUCAUACCCUCCCUCUAUUCAGCCUGAUGCCCCUUAUCGAGUUUUGAAGCAGUACCACUCAAAGCCUACGAAGCUACGAGUGGCAUGCAUCGGGGCUGCCGUCUCAGGCAUGUGCCUGGCUUACAAGAUGGAGAAACAGAUGGUGCCUGGCUCCUGGGAGUUGACGCUCUUCGAUAAGAACCCGAGACUAGGCGGGACAUGGCUCGAAAACACAUACCCUGGUGUCGCCUGUGACAUACCGUCCCAUCUCUACACGUUCUCAUGGGACCCCAAGCCCGAUUGGACUGAGUACUACGCCAGCGGGAAAGAGAUCCUCGAGUAUCUAGAGGAUUUUGCCGAUAGACAUGGCUCUAGGAAGUACAUGAAACUCAACACCAAAGUCGUCGAAGGUCGUUGGGAUGAAGAGAAGGGGCUGUGGUGCCUGACGCUCGAGGAUCAGAUCACCAAGGGGACGUGGCAGGACUGGUGCCACGUGCUGGUAAACGGCAGUGGGAUCUUGAACAACUGGAAAUGGCCAGACAUCGAGGGCCUGCAUGACUUUGCUGGGCCCAAGAUGCACUCUGCCAACUGGGAUCACUCGGUCGACUUCAAGAACAAGAACGUCGGAGUAAUAGGGACUGGUAGCACAUCGGUCCAGAUCGUUCCUGCGCUCCAGAAGAUUUGCGACAAGGUCCAGGUGUUCAUGCGCUCGUCCACUUGGAUCUCGCCCCCAUUCGGCGGCGGUGUUUUGGAAUCGGAGCUGCGCAAGGACGGUGAUCCAGGACACAGGCAGUACAAGUUCACCGAAGAAGACAUCAAGAGGUUUCGGGAAGAUCCGGAAUAUCACUUGAUGUUCCGAAAGCGCAUCGAGGCCGAGAUCAAUUCGUUGUUUGGCAUGUACCAGCAAGGCUCGGAAAUGUCGGACCUGAUGAGAACCGUGAUAACCGAUGAGAUGAACCGGCGCAUUGGCGAUGGGCCUGGGAGCGAGGAGUUGAAGAAGUUCAUCAUUCCUGACUGGGCACCUGGUUGCCGGCGAAUCUCACCCGGCGACGGGUACCUCGAGGCCCUGGUCCAACCCAACGUCAAGCCCGUCUUUGGUAGAAUCAGGAAGGUGGUCCCGGAAGGAAUUGUCACGGACGACGGCGAGACGCACAAGAUGGACGUGCUCGUGUGUGCGACCGGCUUCAAGGUUGCCUUCCGACCCGCAUUCAAGCUGAUCAACGGAAGCGGGCAAACACUUGACGAAGAUUGGGGCGACAGCGUCAACCUUUACUUUGGCGUGUCUGCGCCGCGGUUUCCCAAUUACUACACCAUCGUGGGCCCCGGUGCAACAUGGUCAUCAGGCACUCUCCUGCCGUCCAUCGAGACAACCAUUGAGUAUUCAAUCAAGAUGAUGAAGAAGAUACAGCAUGACAACAUCCGAUCAAUCGAUGUAAAGCAGGAGGCUGUAGACGACAUCUAUGGCCACUUUGACGAGUUCCACUCCAACACGGUCUUCCAAGAAGGAUGCCGAAGCUGGUUCAAGGACGGCAAGAAGAAGAACCGCAUUUACCUGUGGCCUGGCUGUACGAUCCACUUCCUCAAGACAAUCAAGGACCCUCGGUUCGAAGAUUACAACAUCCGAUACCGGUACGGAAACCGGUUCGCCUUCCUCGGCAACGGUGAAGUGAAGGCGAACACGACCAAGGACGUGAAGGGGUUGAGCACAUAUGUGCGAGACGCCGAUGACGAUUGGACGGUUGAGUGA